AUGAAUUCUGGUGAGUGCCACGAGGAAAUGGAAAAAAAUAGAUGGUUGUUUUCAGUCGGUGGAGUAGCUACCGAAAGACGAUUGCCUCAAACGCAGCAAUUUUCAUCGCAUUCCAUCCUUUCCAACGCAACAAUUAUUGACGAAUCCCAGUUCCCAUCACUGGGCGCGAAAGGUAAUUGAAUAACGGAAACGCUUUUGGGAUUUGUGGAUAUUCAGGAACGCCUACUCUCGGCGGCGGAUUCUCUCCGAUUCCAACAACGAGCGGAGGUGUUUUGAACGUUGCCCAGUCAUCGCCUUCAAGGGAUAACUAUGGCUCACAUCGUACCAACUAUGGUGGGUUUUUGUGCUGGCAGCAUGCUCAGAAACUAGCUAGAAAACGUCGAGAUUGGCUCGCAGUUACGAAUCACUUCUAAUUCUCGGAAAAAACUCCCGAAAUGUGGGCAUUUUUACUGCAUAGCGCUUCAUCGCUGUUCUGAAGACGCCCAUCAGAAUUCUGCAGAAUUCAGUACCCAAAACGCGCAUUAACUUUUCCGGACAAAUGUGUGCAUUUUUGCGUGACGGUGUUCACACAGAUAUUUUUCGACCGUACUACGCGCGAAAAUGGCUGCCGUCUGGGGAUUGUCUGUUGCAUGCGCGUGCGGUUUUCUUCGGUUUCUGAAUAGAUUUUUGGCGCGCCCGCUCUUCGGGAAAGGAAAACAGUGUUUCCGUGUUUUGUUGCGUAUUCGCAUGAGUGUCGUCUUUUUCACAAUCCGUGCCUUCUUGUCUCUAAACCGAACCCUGUUAUUUUUCAGCUAACCUGAUGAGAGCGGACCCCAGUUUAACAAAUUCCGAGUUCCAAAUCCAGAACGAGGAUUUUCCUGCGCUUCCCGGUGUCGGUUCCGGGCAAACAUCACGGCCAAUGCUUGGAGAUCAACUGACUAACGUACUUCUAGAAAAAGCUCACCGAAACAGUUGCUAAUGGUUUACUUAUUGCAGAUAUUGCCGGAUGAUCACCAGGCAAACUACGCUGGGCCUCUGGGUGAUUGUGAUCCGUCGCAGUUAGGCGUCCUUCCGAGAAACAGCCAGGAAGGACCUGUGCAAGGGAUCAUAACGCAUCCAGAUGGUAAGCGUUUCAAAUUCGCUCCGAAAAUUUAUCGAUUUGGUUUCAGGCGAGGUGUCAAACAUUCCAGCGUCAAUGCUCGGCGAUCAGUUCGGAAUGGCGGGAUUGGUGACGUAUCUUCGGACAGUCGACAACCCCUCCAUCGUUUCUCUGGCGUUGGGCUACGAUCUUACGACGCUGGGCUUAAAUUUAAAUCUGUCAGAGUGAGUGGAUCGCGAGACGAACAAAAAAUAAUUAUUCCUUUUGAGAAGAAAGUUGUACAUGAAUUUCGGAGGUCCUUGGGCCGACUCGCCAAUACGGGCGCACGAGUUAGAUGUGAAAGUGCCCGAUGAGUACAUUACGCACAAUCACAUUCGAGAUAAGUUGCCGCCAUUGAGGUUGAGUAAAGUCUCCGAAGACGUGUUAUUCUAUCUAUUCUACAACUGUCCAAACGAGAUUUACCAGGUUGCAGCUGCAUGUGAACUGUAAGUAUUUUGCUCUGAAUUUCCCUAUAAAUUGUCUGAUUCUUUCCAGGUACGCUCGCGAAUGGCGAUUUCACAAAAGCGAACAGGUGUGGUUGACGCGUUCUCAGUACGGCGGAGUGAAAGAGCAGACGGGGACGUACGAAAAGGGCCAUUACAACGUGUUCGACCAGAUGCAGUGGCGGAAAAUUCCGAAGGAGUUGAAGUUGGAGUACAAGGAGUUGGAGGACCGACCAAAGCUUCCACAAGCGGCGUCCGGUCAGCCAACGCCCUACAAAUACUUCUUCCAAGGACCACAAUUUCCGAGCGGUCCGGAAACGGGUCUGAUGCUUCAGAGUCACAAUUUGGCGAUGGGUAUCGGAACGGCCGGACGGAUCACUCCACCGACAGCGGGUCUCAACGGAGUGAUGGGCGGAGGAGCCGGAGGAGUUGCAGGUGGACAACCAGGAGUGGCGGCGGCAUCGGCACGAGCCACGCCAAACUAA